CGCGCGGCGUGACGGAUCCCCUGCUGGCGGUGCUGCGGGAGGCGCGGGGCGGUGCGGUGACUUCCGGUGGCAGAAAAUAUUUUUUUGCAAACCGGAUUCUGUGGCCUGCAGCAUCGAAUUGCCCCCGGCUCUGAAUACACCUUCUUUAACAUACAAGGAAAUGAAUGAAUUAGCACUUGUGUAGCUGGACAAGGGUCUGCUUUGCCAGUACAGUGGGAUACCAGAGCCCAGAGUGUGACUGCAGUUGAAAAAGUAGCAAAAUACAUCCGGGCAUGUGUUGACCAAACGAUUUCUCUCUGUCAUCACCAGUCCUCCUCAGUGCCUCGGUGAAGAUGGGGUUUGGUGGAGAGCUCCGAUUUUCACACGAUGCUUUGCUAAAACUGCAAGACUGGGAGCUGCGCCUCUUGGAAACUGUGAAGAAAUUCAUGGUUUUGAGAAUUAAAAGUGACAAAGACUAUGCAUCCACUUUGCAAAACCUCUGUAACCAGGUCGACAAGGAGAAUGCACCUCAAUUAGAUUACAUCAGCAAUGUAUCCAAGUCAUGGCUGCACAUGGUACAGCAGACAGAACAGCUAAGCAAAAUAAUGAAGGCUCACGCAGAAGAACUGUACGCUGGACCGCUCCAACGUCUUUCCAUCAUGAUCAAAGACAAACAGCAAGUUAAGAAGAGUUACAAUAGUAUCCAUCAGCAAAUAGAGGCAGAGAUGUGCAAGGUUACAAAAACGGAACUGGAAAAAUUGAAAUCAAGUUACAGGCAAUUAACAAAAGAAGUGAACACUGCCAAGGAAAAGUUUAAGGAAGCCGUUACAAAAGGAAAAGAGACGGAGAAAGCCAGAGACCGCUAUGACAAAGCCACCAUGAAGCUUCACACACUCCACAACCAGUAUGUUCUUGCACUGAAAGGAGCCCAGCUCCACCAGCACCAGUAUUACGAUUCCACCCUCCCUCUCCUGCUGGACUCCCUACAGAAGAUGCAAGAAGAAAUGGUCAUAGCUCUUAAAGCAAUUUUUGACGAAUAUUGUCAGAUCACCAGCCUUGUGUCAGAAGAAAUCGUAGCAGUCCAUAAAGAGAUUGAAACGUGUGUUCAGGAAAUAAAUCCAAGCACGGAGUAUGAAAACUUCAUUGAGAAAAACAGGUCCCCAGAGCACAAGGAGCAAGAUAUAGAAUUUGAUUUGUCAUUACUAGAGGAUAUUGAAAGUUUGCAGGCUAAUGAAAUCAUGUGGAACAACCUGACUGCAGACAGUUUAAAUUCAAUGUUAAAAACCGCGUCGGAAGAACUCUCCCAGACACAGCAAUCACUACUAAGCAAAGAGGAACAACUGUCUGAGUUGGAAAAGAAAACUGAAGAAUCGGCCAGCCUUUGUGAAAAAAAAUCUGAUAUUGCACUAUUACUUGGCCAGAAGCAGACGCUGGAAGAACUCAAGCAGACUAUUCAACACCUCAAAUGCACAGAGGCCAAACUGUCUGCUCAGAAGGAGCUGCUCGAUCAUAAAGUGAAAGAGAACGAGGGCAAAGAGCCACCCCCCAUAGUAAAUUAUGAAGAGGACGCCCGAUCAGUCUCCUCAAUGGACAAAAAAGAACGAAUAUCGAAGUUCGAUACAUUACGCCAUUCUAUUGCUGGAAUUAUAAGAUCUCCCAAGUCUAUGCUUGGUUCUUCAUCUUUAUUAGAUGUAAUCUCAACAAGUGAAAAGCCUCUGUCUGAUCAGGAUUGGUACCACGGUGCAAUUCCAAGGGUAGAAGCCCAAGAACUAUUGAAGCAACAAGGGGACUUCUUGGUGCGGGAGAGCCAUGGGAAACCUGGUGAAUAUGUCCUUUCUGUGUUUUCAGAUGCACAGCGGAGGCAUUUUAUCAUUCAGUUUGCUGAUGAUCAGUACAGGUUUGAGGGCACUGGCUUCCCAACAAUCCCACAACUUAUAGAACAUCACUAUACAACCAAACAAGUUAUAACAAAGAAAUCUGGUGUUGUUCUGCUAAACCCGGUUGUCAAGGAUAAGAAAUGGAUUCUCAACCAUGAAGAUGUGACGCUUGGUGAAUUGUUGGGAAAAGGAAACUUUGGUGAAGUGUUUAAGGGAACAUUAAAAGAUAAAACACCAGUUGCUGUGAAAACGUGCAAAGAAGACCUUCCUCAGGAAUUGAAAAUAAAAUUUUUAUCAGAAGCAAGAAUUCUGAAGCAGUAUGACCAUGCCAAUAUUGUUAAGCUUAUCGGCGUGUGCACCCAAAGGCAACCAAUAUAUAUUGUCAUGGAGCUGGUGCCAGGUGGCGAUUUCCUGUCCUUUUUGAGGAAGAGAAAGGAUGAUAUGAAACCGAAACAGCUAGUCAAAUUUUCAUUAGAUGCGGCUUCUGGAAUGGCCUAUUUGGAAUCCAAAAACUGCAUCCACAGGGAUCUUGCAGCACGAAACUGCCUGGUAGGUGAAAAUAAUGUUUUGAAAAUCAGUGACUUUGGCAUGUCUCGUCAGGAGGAUGAUGGAAUAUAUUCGUCUUCUGGCUUGAAGCAAAUCCCAAUCAAAUGGACGGCACCUGAGGCUCUAAACUUUGGGCGAUACAGUUCUGAGAGUGAUGUGUGGAGCUUUGGAAUUCUUCUCUGGGAAACCUUCAGCUUGGGAGUAUGUCCGUACCCAGGAAUGACCAAUCAGCAAGCGCGAGAACAAGUAGAAAAGGGCUACAGAAUGUCCUCUCCUCAGAAAUGUCCAGAGGAAGUCUUCAAAAUUAUGCAGAGAUGCUGGGAGUACAAGCCAGAAAAUCGUCCAAAAUUCAGUGAAAUGCAGAAAGAGCUCUCUUCAAUCAAAAAGAAGAUAACCUAGUACCACAUUCCUUGAUGGGACAGUUACUUUGUAGAAUAGUAUUUGUAUGCGGUAUAUUUGUUGAACACCAUGAGUUUCUCCAAAUACUACAGUAGUUGCCAUAUUAAGUUACAUGUGCGUAUGUAAGGCAUCAUUUAUACCGUGAGUGUACCGAACCGUUUGAAAAUGUUCAUUCCAAAGUGUCAGACAUGUUUGGGUCUUUCCUCAAGUACAAAGUUUGGCCUUUGAAAUCGAUCUUUGUAUCAUUUCAAUAAUUCUGGCUAAACUAGUCUUAUUUUCUGUUCAUUACUGCACAAUCUUUCAAUCGGGGACAAUUCACAUGUUUUUGUACUACAAUUCAGCAAUGUAUUUGGGAAUUAAGUCUGAUUAUAACUAAUUUGGUGUUUUACCAUUGACAACACUUGCUUUAGUAAAUCACAUUUUGAGUGCUUACAUUUUUCAACAACUCGUUAAUCUUUCCAGACCAUGUUACAUUUUUACUUUUGAGACGUAAUUCAAAUUUAACACAAAGAAGUUUAUAAAUGAUACAUU